AACAUUGUUUAUUAUCACUAAUCUUUUCAAUUACAUCAUUCAUGCCUAUAGAGUAGCAUCAAGAGAGUAAUGAGAGUGUUACUAUAAGCUUAGCCUAACUACUUGAACCUAGCUUAAGUAGCCAUAAGAGAGUGUGUGUUGAAGGUCUUAGAUUCGAAUUUCAAGUUAUACCUGGUUGUAACAUAUAAACGCUUAAAUUAAAAAAAAAAAAAAAAGAAAGCUUAGCCCUUGGAUAAGGCAUUCUUAAUUCUUGGACUAAUCAAAUGGAUGAGAAUAACUCAAAUAGAUAGAUGAAGUAAAAACAAACAGGCACUUUAGAAAGACCAUAUAGUAUUUAUAUUUUAUAUUAUUUUGAUUGAUAUAGAUUUCCUUUCUUUAAUUUUAUUUUGAGGUUACAACUAGCUGUCGUUAUUUAUAAGAUAGAAAAGAAAUUUAUAUAUAUAUAUAGAAGCUGGGUUAGUUGUCGUUAUAGAUACGGUGCCAGAAUUGAAAAAAAAAGAAGAAAAAAUUAGAGAGGUUUGUGUGGUGGAGUACACCUCUUUUCUCUUUCUUAAUAAAGUUAAUUAACGACUCUCGUUCCUCCGCAUCAGAGCCGUGGAUUCGCAAUUCGACUUGUUGUCGUUUAAGCUUUAUUGUCGUUUGAAUUGCAAAUGAACUAUCAUAACUCCGACAGCAGUGGUACUGGUACUGAUGAUGAUAUUCCUCCAUCUCAUCAAAACAGAGUUCCAAGAGGGAGUAGAGUUGCGGGGAAUGAAAGGUCUGCUGUAGGUUCUAUAUCGUACCCUAGAAUGUAUGCUGACAUGGAGACACAAAUUCAUAAUCUUGAGCAGGAAGCCUAUUGUGCAGUCCUACGUGCUUUUGUAGCUCAGUCUGACGCACUUACUUGGGAGAAAGAAGGUUUGAUAACAGAACUUAGGAAAGAGUUGAGAGUAUCAGAUGAUGAACACAGAGAACUACUUACGAGGGUUAAUGCAGAUGACAUUGUUAGUAAGAUAAGGGAAUGGAGAAAAUCAGGAGGAAAUCAAUCAGUGAGACUCAACCAAUCACAGUCUGUUUAUGAUGUUUUACCUAGCCCUACUGUUUUGACAUCUCGCAAGAAACAGAGAAUAUCUCAAACGGGUCACCAAUUCCCUGGUCUAUCCUCAAUGAAAUCCAUCCACACCCCUUCUACGGGACUUGUUUCGAAUAGGUCAUUUCUGAGUCGCAGUUCUUCUGGUGUCCGUGCCACAAAUGAGCCUGCUGAAGCUGCAAAUUUUGAUUCAUUGAUUGGGAGGAGAGUAUGGACUAGGUGGCCUGAAGACAAUAGCUUUUAUGAGGCUGUCAUAACUGAUUAUAAUGAUGUGGAGGGCCGGCAUGCUUUGGUCUAUGAUAUAAAUACAGCAAAUGAGACUUGGGAGUGGGUUGACCUUAAGGAGAUCCCUCCAGAGGAUAUUCAGUGGGAUGGUGCUGAUUUGGUUAUAUCGCAUGGAGGAAACCACGGUGGCCAUGGUCGUGGCCACAAGAAACCCUCGAAUCGUGGUGGUGCCAUUCCAGGUUCUGGAAGAGGGAGAGGACCAAGUAAGGUGCAGCCAAAGAAAGAUUUUCCCCCAACACAAAAUGGGAUUGCAAAAAAAGUAUCAGAUGAUAUUGAAUUACUUAACACGGAUGCAUUGGUCAAGGAGGUGGAGACUGUUUUCAGUGCAAAUCACCCUGAUCCUUUUGAGCUUGAAAAAGCGAAGAAAAUGCUGAAAGAACACGAACAAGCAUUGAUUGAUGCCAUUGCAAAGCUUGCAUAUUCAUCUGAUGGUGAAAGUGAUGGAGGGCAUCCAUUUCUAUAUGGUCAAUCAGUUAACAGAGAAUGAUUAGAGGAAAUUCAAGUGUUGAAAAGUGAAAACAAUAGUGUGAACCCGAGACUGAAAUCUGGGAAAGGGAGAGUAGCAUUGAAGUUGUUUUUGGAAAAUUAGCAGGGAAUAGAUAAGAAAUUGUUUAUAAGCAGCAUUUGACUGGAAGUAGUGAUGAAUUAAUGAUGUUGCUAAGGUUAUGUCUAUUUUGUUCCUUUUAGCUUUGUAGAUAUCAUCUCUGGUGUAAUUUGGUGAAAUCCCAAAUUUUCAAUUGAGGGCUAAAGAUUUAGAAGAUUCAGUAGGGACUUCCUUUUUCUAUCAAUAUGUCUAUUUUAAGCAUUUUCAUUGGCUUAUUUUGACAAAAGACUAAUUAAAUUGUGGAUGUCACUUUACUGAACCAGAAGGAAAUAUGAGAAAUAAAAUAAGAAAUAGAAUUAGCA